GACCUGAGCACCUUCGAGAGCCCCGCUGACGACAUGGCGUCGACAAAAGCAGCAUCGAGCACAGUCUGGAGCCUUCAGGACCCAUCCAUCCGAGCCUAUAAAUGCUCAUCGUACUUACUCAACUCACCAAGAACAAGGAAAAGAAAUCCACAGCUUAGCAACGCAUCCUACGCUACCACCAGAAAUCCUUCGAAGGCAUUUGCAACCAUGUCGAUCGUGAGGCGCAGCAACAUCUUUGAUCCCUUCUCUCUCGACGUUUUCGACCCCUUCCAGGGCUUUCCCUUCGACGCCUUUCGCUCCCUGAGCGAGACGCGCCCCGGCUUCGCGAGCGAAACCUCCGCCUUCGCCAACACCCGCAUCGACUGGAAGGAGACGCCCGAUGCCCACGUCUUCAAGGCCGACCUCCCCGGGGUGAACAAGGAGGAGGUGAAAGUGGAGGUGGAGGAAGGCAGGGUCCUUCAGAUCAGCGGCGAGCGGAACAAGGAGCAGGAGGAGAAGAACGACAAGUGGCACCGCGUGGAGAGGAGCAGCGGCAAGUUCCUCAGGAGGUUCCGGCUGCCGGAGAACGCCAAGGUUGACCAGGUCAAGGCCUCCAUGGAGAACGGCGUCCUCACUGUGACUGUCCCCAAGGAGGAAGUUAAGAAGCCCGACGUGAAGUCCAUCGAGAUCUGCGGCUGAGCUCCGAUGCUUGCCGGAGAAACCCAUAGCUGAGCUUGCGACCUAUCCAAAUAAGUCUCUGUGGCAGUCGAGUGAGUGUGUCCGUCCUAUGUCUAAGUGUGCUAUUUGGUUUGUGUCUUUCCGUGUCUAUGUAGUCGGUCGACUUCGGGAACUCUGCGUUGCUCUCGCGGUAAUAACGUUUGUCAUGGAAGUAUUCCUUAAUUAAAUAUAAGUCGGUCUACUUCAUCCGUUA